GAAAUCCAAAUCGAAAUGCCUCAACUUGAUAAAUUAACUUAUUUCUCACAAUUUUUCUGGUUAUGUCUUCUCCUCUUUACAUUUUAUAUUCUCUUAUUUAAUAAUAAUAAUGGAAUACUUGGAAUUAGUAGAAUUCUCAAACUACGGAACCAACUGCUUUCGCGCCGGGGGGGCGAGAUCCAGAGCAAGGACCCUAAGAAUCUGGAAGAUAUCUCGAGAAAAGGUUUUAGCACCGGUCUCUCAUAUAUGUACUCCAGUUUAUCCGAAGUAUCCCAAUGGUGUAAGACCGUCGACUAUUUGGGAAAAAGGAGGAAAAUCACUCUGAUCUCUGAUUUCGGAGAAAUAAGUGGCUCACGAGGAAUGGAGAGACAGAUUCUCUAUUUGAUCUCGAAGUCCUCAUAUAACACUUCUUCCAGUCGGAUCACUUGUUGGAAAAACAUAAUGCUCACACAUGUUCCUCACGGGCAAGGAAGCAUAAUAUCAUGAAAGCCGUUUGAUAAUCUUUCUAUAGGUUCCCC